AUGGCACGGGUGGAGCUCCAACACCCAAAGCAAACAAACCUCAACCUCCAAUGUCGCCGGUGGAGAAGCUUCGCGGUGGCGGUAAGAAUGAUCGCUUUGCCGAGUCUCUGUCGCCAUCGAGUUACUCUCCCGGACCGGAUCUCUCUGCUCUCUCUUAUUCGGUGGCUUCUAUGUCAUCCUCUUCUCACACACCCCACACGCCUUUUGAACGAUGCCGAAGAGGGAAAGUUGGAGUUAGUUGAUUCUUCUUGGAGAUCGGUUCGUCGUUCUUCAUCGAGAUAUGGUCGUCGGACCCAGGAACCCAUGAGAUCUUUUGUAGUGGCUCCUCAGAACCGUCACAAGUUUAAUCACCACUUUAAGAGAUCCAACUCUCUUCCAUCGUCUUCUUCUGUUCCAGAUUUACCUCUCCCAUUCAACAUUGGAGAAACAUAUGACGUAGCUGAGGAUUAUCCCCGUUGA